AAGUGUUCAGUCAGGGGUAUUUAAGGAAAACAGAGAUAGGGACAUUGAGGAUUGGGUUUUAUUCAUGUUCUUAUGCCUCUUCAUCUUUUCAUUAUUCAUUCAACCAAAUAGUUGCUAAAUCAUCCAUCCUAUAUAUUCUCUUCCCUUUAAUCACAUAAAUACCAAAUGACCCAUUCUCUAGCUUUAACAUCUACAAACCUUAUCCAAUACGCCAUCACUCCCAAAAUUAGGGCUUUACCAAGACCAUCAUCAAGAUUAUUCAAAAUUCAAGCUGUACAAGAUAAUGGACUAGGACCUAAGCGACUGAUUGACAUUAUUCGUAUAGUGCCAGAAAUAUCAAGAAAUUAUUUCAAAACCCCUUCAAGAAGGGCACUGUUUGGAGGUAUAUCAUUACUUGGUGGAUUUUAUGUGGCACAGACAAUUUCUCUAUCAUUUGGAGCUUUAGGAGUUAAUGAUGUCAUUGCUGCUGUAGUGUGUGUCUUAAUUACUGAAUAUGUGACAAGAUUUUACUAUAGUAGGCCUAAGGUGACUUUUCCUAUUGCUCUUUUGAACAACUUCAAGAUGGGUUUUACGUAUGGUUUGUUCAUUGAUGCUUUUAAACUUGCCAGUUGAGCUAUUUUUGCAGCAGUAAGUAGUUUUUUGGUAAAGUUUCCUCCUUUUGUUGUAUCUCUUAUAAAAGAGUAACUCUCUUAGGGGAUAUUUGGUUUGAAGACAAGUUAUGCUGG